UCAGUUUUGAAGGAACUGCCGCCAGGAUGGCAGAUGUAAGCCUGUUUUUUGGCGGUUUGCCGGCCAUUCUUCUGAAAGCGGAUACCAUUUACCGCAUUGGGAGGCAGAAGGGCCUGGAAAUAAGCAUCGCCGAUGAGUCAAUGGAGCUGGCCCACGCCACAGCCUGCAUACUGCGCCGAGGUGUGGUGCGCCUGGCUGCCCUGGUGGGCAAGAUCUUUGUGAACGACCAGGAGGAGACCGUGGUGGACAUCGGCAUGGAGAACGCCGUGGCCGGCAAGGUGAAACUCCGCUUUGGCAAUGUGGAGGCCAGGCUAGAGUUUGGAGAAGAUCACGAUGAGGUCCACGACAGUAGCGGAUUCGGGGAAUGCCUGAAGAACGGAUUAAACAACACAACCUUGGACAGCAUGGAUGUUCCGGAAACACAGCCUCCAUCCGCCAACACAUCAGUCAACACAACGGCAGAUAGCUUAUUUAUACCCGAGACCCAAGCGGUGUUAUGCGAAAGGCCUUCGACCGGACAAAGAGUGUCGCUGGGCGAUGACUUCAUGAUACCCGAAACGCAGGAUAUGCUUGCGGAUCUUCCACCUGAACCACCAGUGUUUAAACCCCCGGUUAUUCCCGUAGUUGAUAAGCCAGGUCCGACGAUAGACAGCGAUGAGGAAUCAUCUCAGGGCAGCAUUAUACGCAUGUGCACCCAGGAUUAUAAUGAGGAUGCCAUCGAUGACUUCGAUACCUCACAGGUACUCUGCGAUGUUCUGCUGCCUCUUCCGCCGCCAACAGCACCAAUUGAAGGUCUGGAAAAUCAGGAUACUAAGCGGGAUCAACUGGACACCACCGACAUGGAAAUGAGUGCCUUGAACUGGUCGGCUAGCAAUUCCAAAUGCUGUGCUCUGAGUAGCACCAAAGCGGAUGAUAUAUUGCCGCGUGGCGAUGCCUGCAUUACUCCCGAUUUGACCGCUCCGUCCGUAGAUAGAAAUAUCUGCACACCCGAUCUAUUUGACCUGAUCAUGGGGGGGGAUAGGAGGCGCGAUGGCUCCAGCAGUCCAGAUCCGUUCGUUCGUCCUGCGGACAAUACAAAUACCGCCACACCGCAGUUUGGCGGAGUUAAACAGCUGGUUGUGGCGACGAUUGAGACCCCCACUGCCACUCCUGACACGAAUAGUCAGGAAAAGAAUCAAGAUAUGAUAGCCACUCAACGAUUUCCACGACAUAAAUUGUUGGAAAGUGACGAGGAAGACAAUGGGCAAAACAACCAAGACUUCGUGGCUACUCAGGCGUUUAACUUAGGACGUCCGCAGGCACCACAAGAAAAUGAAGCCAAUCAAGAUCUCAUAGCGACACAGGCAUUUAACUUGGCACCGCCACAAAAAGUUGAUUCACCUAAACCCUCUACAGCUAAUGAUGCUUCCAACCAAGAUUUUAUAGAAACUCAGGCAUUUAACUUAGGAAUCCCACAAGCAAACAUGGCUUCACCAGAAAAUAAUGAGAUUUCCAACCAAGAUUUGAUAGCCACUCAAGCAUUUCCCGCCAAGAUCAAUAGCUCUCGUUGCCAGGACUUCGUAGCCACGCAACCUUUUCAUGUGGUCAAUCAGCAUUCCGUGAGUUUACAGGACAAGGAGAACAUUCCACUUGACGACAGUGUCAAAGUUGCAUCAGAUUCGAAAUUCUUUGAAGCGACUUGCGGUGAGAUAGAUGCUGUGCUCAAUGAAAUGAUUUCAGGGACUGUGGCAACGUCGCCUGUAAGUCCCAAUGAGGAGUCGAUACCAUUUUUUGAGCCGUGUGUGAUCAAGGAUAAGAAUCACUAUCAGAAGAUCUGUCAGAUUGAAGGCGUUUUUAGUAACGUGAGUAACAGGAGUCGUGGGCGUACUGAUGGAACUGGCUUUGGCCGUCUCAAACGGGUGGCCAAAUCGGAAUCUCCUCCAGAAACCCCAAUCCGUAAGGACAGACGAAGAUCGGAGGGUUCUGAGAGACCGGGAAGUAACUCGAGAGAACGGCUAAACAAUUUAGUGGAUAAAAAAUCGGAAGCCCUUAACAAGUCGGUUAUCCGGGAACAUGGCAUCGAUUCCAUUCCAGAAGAGAUAACAAAGGAAGACAAAUCAGACUCAGAAGAGAAAGGCGAUUGUUUCAACAAUGUUGUUAAUCAAUGGCGCUCCCGUAAAAGACGAAUUCAAAGCCGCCCUGGUACUCCAGGAAGCUCUUCAGAAAGGAAUGAAGUCAACGCAGAUGUGGUGGAUAAACCCAACGAAGAGCCACCUACCAAAAAUAUACGUGCUAGAAAGGCCAAGAAGGCGGAAAAGGCAGACUCAUCCAAGGAUAUUCCCAAGCCUACGACAAGAACCAGGCGCCAAACCAGCGAUGAAGAUGUUCGAACGCCUGAUCUAGGAAAAGGAAGAAAGGCCAAGAACACUGCUUCGAGUAAGGCAGACACAUCUAAGAAUAUUGCCAAAGGCUCGAAGAGAGUCACUCGACAAAAUAGCGCUGAUGAUGCCGAGUUGCUUGAGGAGGACAGUUCUGUCCAGACAGAAAGCGGAAAAAGGGUUAAGAAGGUUAAGUCAAGUAAAGGGGAAACGUCAAAGGACAUUCCCAAGGCAAAACCCAGAACUAGGCGCCAAACUGCCGACGAAGAUGCUAUGACCCCAAAGGCAGAAAAAGAAAGACAGAUUCAGGGGGAAGAAACCAAGGAUAUGUCCAAGCCAGCGGCCAGAACCAGGCGAAAAGCUAGCGCUGAAGAGACUGAGAGUGCAGCACAAGCCGUCAAACCGAAAAGAGGUGGAAAAGGCAAGAAAAACGAGACUACCAAAGCUGAGGCAACUGUGGAAAAGCCUAUGGUUAGAACCAGGCGCAUGACAAUCGCCGAAGAUUCCAGCACCCUGACGGAAGUAAAAACAGGGGGCGCAUUAAUUAAACGUGCGGUUGUCCGCAUAUCCAGGGUAAGCAUAGAACAACUCGAGUCUUCCACAAGCGCUGGAAAUAAUGCCAGAGUAACUGGGGCUGCUCAGUCGCGUUCUACAACGCCCUCAAUUGAAGAGCCAUCAUCUAGCUCAGCUGCUGCCAAGGAGCCAAAUGUAUCUACAGCAACUACACGCAGGCGAGCUAAGCGCUUAACAUCUGGCGAAGAGCCCACGUCCAGCUCGGACGUCCCUACCAAGAAGCCUAAAAUGUCUGUUGACGAGGAAGUUCUGAAGAACAGAUCAGGCGCUACUACAACGCGAUUCAGUCAGCCGGAUGCCGAUCCCCUUAGAGCAAUUAACUUGUACGUGAGAAAGGCCAAGACUACUACGGGCAAAAUUAAGGUAGCGUUCACCAUGUGCAAUCGUCCAGCUUUGGAAACUGUCCUCAAGUCACUGAAGCACGUGGUGGAGAUCACCGAAGAUCCCUUGCAGUGCGACCUGCUUGUGAUGGACAAGGGCGAGCGCACCUAUAAGUUCCUAACAGUCAUUGCUUCCAACAAACCAGUUCUCUCCACCAAUUGGCUGCACUCUGUGAAGAAGACCAGGAGCAUCGACAUAAAGGCAGACCAUCUGUUCAGCGACCCAACGUUCGAGGAGACCUACAAGUUCAAACCCUCCUCCGUACUGGAACACCCUCGCUUGCUGUAUGGCUUGCACUUUAUGCUCGGCAAAGACAUAGUGCCAAAGGCCAACGAAAUGAAAGUCAUCAUUCACAGCGCCGGCGGCAAGGUUCAUGCCCAACCGCCUUCGCUGGCCAUCAGCGUGGAUCUGUACGUGGUCACCACCAGCAAGGAUACGAAAUCUAAGCGACGUCUGAACAACUAUGAAAAGGUGCACUUCAUCAAAACCGAGGCUGUUAUGCAGGCGCUCGUUCAACACAACAUUGAAAUGCUACAGGAGCACACGCUCAAACUUUAAACGUUAUAGUUUUUUUUUUUGUGUGUUCUCCGCUUUUUGUUAUCAUUCGUUAGCCAUUAUUCCAAAAUUGUACAUCACACAUCGAAGUCCCAGACGAAAUCUCGUUCAUACCUUAAACUUAUGAUAUUUGUAUUAUAUAUAAUUGUUUGUAUAUGAAGUUUUGGUUCCAUCAUAACUGUGGCCGCACAAUAUUUACUUGUUACUUUCCUAAUGCCUGUCAAAUACAUCAAUUACAUACGUCUAACACU